AUGGGGUUGUGCCUCGUUCAAGUCCCAUGCCUUCGUAGAGCUGCCUCGAUCGAGGAGGAAUAUGAGGCCGCAGGUGGUGAAGUUUUGCUUGAUAAUGAGGACAAUGAUGGUUGGCUGGCAACUCAUGGAAAACCUAAAGAUAAAAAGCAUGAUGAGGAAGAUGAGUUGCCCUCGAUGGAGACACUAGAAAUCAGCAAGAAGAAUACAAUUCAAUCAAUCCCAUCUUAUUUUGGAGGGGAGGCGGAAGAGGAUAUCCCGGAUAUGGCAGAAUUUGAUGAAGCAGACAACCUUGUUGAGAAUGAUCCUGCAACACUUCAGACUACAUAUCUUGUCGCCCAUGAGCCUGAUGAUGACAACAUUCUAAGAACCAGAACAUAUGAUGUUAGCAUCACGUAUGACAAAUAUUACCAAACUCCUCGGGUCUGGCUCACUGGAUAUGAUGAGUCGAGGAUGCUUUUGAAACCAGAACACGUUCUUGAAGAUGUCAGCCAAGACCACGCACGCAAGACGGUGACUAUUGAAGACCAUCCACACUUGCCCGGAAAACAUGCUUCUGUACAUCCGUGCCGCCAUGGGGCUGUAAUGAAGAAAAUUAUUGAUGUUUUAAUGUCAAGAGGAGUUGAGCCUGAAGUUGACAAGUACCUCUUCUUGUUCUUGAAAUUUGUGGCUUCUGUGAUCCCGACCAUAGAAUAUGAUUACACGAUGGACUUCGAUAUUGGUAGCUCUAGCUGCUGA